AUGGCGGGCGGUGAAGUGGAACUCGCGCAAUCAGCCUCGGAAGGAGGCGAUACUAUAUUUGGCAAAAUAUUGAGGAAGGAAAUACCUGCUAAAUUUGUGUAUGAAGAUGAUCAGUGUGUUGCCUUCAAUGAUGUAAACCCCCAAGCACCAAAACACAUCCUGGUGAUCCCGAGGAAACCUAUCUCCCAGCUGUCUAAGGCUGAAGAUGCUGAUGAACAACUAUUAGGACAUUUGCUGAUUGUUGCUCGUAAAGUAGCAGCUCAGGAAGGCUUGGAUAAGUCUGGUUUCCGUCUGGUCAUCAAUGAUGGCAAAAACGGUGCUCAAAGCGUCUACCACCUGCAUAUCCACAUUCUGGGAGGUCGACAAAUGCAAUGGCCACCCGGC